AUGGCCAAGGCCCCAAAUCAUGGAGCCAACCAAGACGACUCCCACCUCCCGGGCGCCGUCGCCGCCCACUCUCACCACAGCCCGAGCGAAGAGGACAGAGGCCUCCUCGCCGACGACCCCCUCUCUCCGCACCACCAUGAAUCUCACGGCGCCAGCAUAACCACCACCACCACCGGCGACGAGGGAUACUUUGUAACAGCAAAGCAGUACGCCACAUCCCUCCGAUCUCCCGGCACCCCCCGGACCCCGAACCGCGUCCGCUUCAACCCCAUUCCCUCCAUCGUCGAGCCGCCACCCCCCCGCGCCUCAAUGACCAACAGCAACGGCGGCUCCUCCGCCCGCGCCAGCCGCGACAGCUUCGACGUCGACGACGACCUCUUCCACCACGCCCCCGGCGCCGACGACCACGACGACCAUCAUCGCCUCCCCCUCCUCACAGACAUCGAGGCCCCCUCUGUCGCCCUCGCCAACAGCCCCUGGGGCGAGGACGCCGACGACGUACACGAAUGGGCCGAGCAGGAGCGCGCAAGGCCCAAGUCGGGUCUGAAGAUGGCCUUCAUGAACAUGGCCAACUCCAUCAUUGGCGCCGGCAUCAUCGGCCAGCCCUACGCCUUCAAGCAGGCCGGCUUGCUGGCCGGACUUGUCCUCCUUGUCGGCCUCACCGUCGUCGUGGACUGGACCAUCUGCCUCAUCGUCAUCAACAGCAAGCUGUCGGGGAGCAACAGCUUCCAGGGGACCGUCGAGCACUGCUUCGGCAAGACGGGGCUCAUCGCCAUCUCGGUCGCGCAGUGGGCUUUUGCCUUUGGCGGCAUGGUGGCCUUUGGCGUCAUUGUCGGCGACUCAAUACCCCACGUCUUCACAGCCAUCUGGCCCGACAUACGCGAAAUGCCCGUGUUCCACCUCUUGGCGAACCGGCAGGUGGUCAUUGUAGUCUUCAUCUUGGGGAUUAGCUACCCGCUGACGCUGUACCGCGAUAUUGCAAAGUUGGCCAAGGCAAGCACAUUAGCUCUCAUAAGCAUGGGUGUCAUUGUAGCGACUGUCAUUAUCCAGGGAGCUCUCACUCCCAAGGCUGAUCGGGGUUCCUUCACACCCGCCCUUCUGACCGUAAACACUGGCAUAUUUGAAGCUAUUGGCGUGAUAUCCUUCGACCGCUUCUCCCGCGUGACGCACUACUCGACCGGCAUCUCCAUGGUCGCCUGCCUCCUCGUCGCCCUCGCCGGCUUCGUCACUUUCGGCGACAAGACGCUCGGCAACGUCCUCAACAACUUCCCCUCGGACAACGUCAUGGUCACUAUCGCCCGCCUCUGCUUCGGCCUCAACAUGCUCACGACUUUACCGCUCGAGGCCUUUGUCUGCCGCGAGGUCAUGUUCAACUACUUUUUCCCGGGUGAGCCCUUCAACAUGCACCUCCACCUCAUCUUCAGCUCCGCCCUCGUCGUCUCCGCCAUGGUCAUGAGCCUGCUCACCUGCGACGUCGGCGCCGUCUUUGAGUUGGUGGGCGCCACGUCCGCCUGCGCCAUUGCGUAUAUCCUCCCGCCGCUCUGCUACAUCAAGCUCACCACCCGCUCGUGGAAGACGUACGUCGCCGCCGCUAUUAUUGUAUUUGGCACCGUCGUCAUGGUGAUUAGCCUCAUACAGGCGGUCGCCAAGAUGAUUAGCAGUGACGGCGGACCUGCAAAGUGCAUGUAA